AUGUUCGGUCUACCACGGGCGAAUGGAGCGGCUUCAGGCAGAACAGAUCAUUCCCAUCAUCAUCAAAAUAGGAGAUCGCGGCGAAGCCAAAGAGACAGAAUCCGAAGAUUUGUCCAAGACCACAACAGCUCUGUAAGACCAAUUGAAAACGGUUUUAUCAAUCCAUUCUUGCGCCCGCCAAUUUGCCUGUUAAUAAUUACAGUUCCCGCAACUGUCAUGAGUUGGAUUGUCUACACAAAGUUCUCCGAAGUCCAUCCCAUACUUGCCAAACUCUCGCGAAAUACGUAUUUUGUGCUUUCGAUUAUGAACACUUCGUUACUCCUUCUUGGCUUCAUUUGGCUCUACAAAAGUGACCUCGAAAGAAAACACUACAGGUCGCGUUUUCCAAGUCGGAAAAUGACGAUCAGACUGUAA